AUGCCGAUGACUGUACUGGGCGAAUGUCGUGGGGCUGUUUUACAGAAUCUCGAAAAGGAGGAAUCGUUCAAGGUUGAGUCCAGCCCAAGAAACAAUUCUGCGGAAAUCCAGAGCAGUAAAAACCACCAAGAAUACCAAAAAGGGUCUAAUACACGUGCAGGAAAGAAACACAACAAGUGUCCAGUCUGUGGGAAAAGCUUCCGCCGGUUUUCAACCCUUAUUACCCACCAGCGCAUCCAUACCGGAGAGAGGCCUUACGAAUGCCAGCAGUGUGGGAAAACCUUUAACCAGACCUCCAACCUUUUUCGGCAUUUGAAAAUCCAUACAGGCGAGAAACCCCACGCUUGCCCCGAAUGUGGGAAACGGUUCAGUUUUGCCUCAGACGUUACCAAACACCAGAGAAUCCACAUAGUAGAAAAAUCUCUGACGUGUUCUGUAUGCGGGAGAGUCUUCAGAGACCGCUUAACCCUAGUCAAACAUCAGCGGACUCAUGGAAGUUCAAAAGCCUAUAAGUGUCCUGACUGCGGCAAAGGCUUUAGGUUUAAUUGCUUCCUCGUGGCACAUCGGAGGAGGCACACAGGGGAGAAACCGUACAAAUGUGCUGAGUGCGGGAAAAACUUCAGUUCUCACUCUGCUCUUCUGACUCACCGCAGAGUCCACACAGACGAGAAACCCUACAAAUGUUCCGACUGCGGCAAGAGCUUCAGUCAGAAUUCAACUCUGAAGACUCACCGGAGAAUUCAUACGAACGAGAAACCCUACGAAUGCCCAGGCUGUGGGAAAUGCUUUGGCCAGCGUUCCACUCUGAUUAAACAUGAGAUCAUCCACACGGGCGAGAAACCCUACCUCUGCACUGAAUGCGGCAAGAGCUUCAAUCGGAGCUCGGCCCUUCUAGCGCAUAAAAGAGUCCAUACAGGAGAGAGGCCUUUUGAAUGCCCUGACUGUGGGAGAACCUUUACUCAGAAUGGACAUCUUCAUAGGCACCGGAGAAUCCACACCAAAGACACAGAAAUCCAAUAA